CGUAAUCAUCUUUCGAGUCAACAUGGUAGACGCGCGGUGCGCGAACACGGUUGAAUGACAUUGAUUUAAAUACUUUAGUAGCGUUGUGUUUUUCGCGUAACACUUUAUACCAUUAUUAGUUCUUUAAAAAAUUGCCAGCAGUGCAAAUGGAUCUAGUUUGUUCUGUUAAGCUCCAUUAAGUUUACCAACGAUAUUGUUCUUCAUAGGUUAUGAACUUAUGAUACUAUAUUAAACUGUCAGUGUCAGUCAAACUCCUUGUAGAAUCCUUGUUAUUCGAUUAAUUUUCUAAAAUAUUAAUAAAUUAUUUAUAAAUCUGCAGUUAACGUUUUUAAAUUAUUGAGUAUAUUGUGAAUUCAGAGAAAUUUUCUUUUUUACAUUUUUUAAUUCAUAAAUCAUGAGCAAAGGUUGCAUUCUUCAUUGGUUUCGUAAGGGAUUGCGAAUCCAUGAUAAUCCUGCACUUUUGGCUGCUAUUGAGAAGGUUGAUGGAGUCAAUUAUGAACUCAGACCUAUAUUUAUAUUGGAUCCUUGGAUUGUAAAAAAAAUGAAAGUAGGGCCUAACCGCUGGAGGUUUUUGCAAGAAUCAUUAGAAGACUUAGAUAAUCAGUUACGUGCAAUUGGAACAAGGUUGUUUGUUUUAAGAGGGAAACCCGAAGAAGUGUUUCCAAAAUUAUUUUCAGAGUGGAAAGUGAAACUACUCACAUUUGAAGUAGAUACAGAACCUUAUGCAAUUGAAAGAGAUGCAACUAUAGAAAAACUUGCCAAAGAUGCUCAUGUUCCUGUUGAGCAGAGGGUAUCGCAUACCCUCUACCACUCAGAGAGAAUCAUCAAGGCCAACAUAGGAAAACCACCACUGACAUAUCAGAAGUUUCUUGAUGUAGCAAAUUCUUUGGGACCACCUCCUCGACCUGUUGCAACUCCAGAAUUUCUGGAUGUGUCAUGUCGACCAGAAAAGAGUGUUCUUGAAGAUGAUCAGUUCAACUUUCCUACACUUGUUGAGUUGGGUGUUGAUGAGUCCUCUCUUGGUCCAUGUCUGUAUCCUGGAGGUGAAAGCAAAGCUCUGGAAAGACUAGCAAAAUACAUGACAAACAAGGUUAAAUGUUCAUGGGUGUGCAAGUUUGAGAAACCACAGACAUCACCCAACAGCUUGGAACCAAGUACAACUGUUCUUAGCCCUUAUCUAAAGUUUGGAUGCCUUUCUGCCAGGACAUUUUAUUAUAAAUUAAAGGAGGCAUGUAUAUCUGGAGUUAAGUUAGUUAAAUUUUCAGUAAUUGGGUCAUCUGCCCAUACAAAACCUCCAGUAUCACUGAUUGGUCAGCUGAUGUGGAGAGAUUUUUAUUAUACAGUUGGGUGUAUAACUCCAAAUUUUGAUAAAAUGAAAGGAAAUCCUGUCUGCUGUCAAGUGCCUUGGGACACUAAUGAACAAUACCUUGAAGCAUGGACUCUGGCUAAAACAGGCUACCCUUUCAUUGACGCAAUAAUGACUCAGCUACGUCAGGAGGGAUGGAUCCAUCAUUUGGCUAGACAUGCUGUAGCCUGCUUUCUUACUAGAGGAGACCUCUGGAUUUCAUGGGAAGAAGGCCAGAAGGUGUUUGAGGAGCUAUUGCUUGAUGCUGAUUGGUCACUAAAUGCAGGAAAUUGGAUGUGGCUCUCAGCCUCUGCAUUUUUUCAUCAAUUCUUCAGAGUGUACAGUCCAGUUGCCUUUGGGAAGAAGACUGAUAAAACUGGGGAUUAUAUCAGGAAGUAUGUGCCUCAGCUCAGAAAGUUUCCUCCUGAAUACAUUUAUGAGCCAUGGAAUGCACCUCUUUCAGUACAAAGACAAGCCCAAUGUAUUAUCGGCGUUGAUUAUCCUAAAAGGAUUGUGAUCCAUGAAGAUGUUUAUAAGAAGAAUAUCAAACGUAUGUCAGAAGCUUAUAAAAAUAAUAAAUCAGGGCAAGAAUCCAGCAAGCGAGAAAAUGCACCAACAUCUAAGAAUGCCAAGAAAAGCAGGACAAAAUGAAGUACGCUCUGUGUCAUUUAUUAUUUUAAAUAAGAAAAAGAGGCAGAUGCCCCUUGACUGAUUGUUUUUUGUUUUUUCUUAUAUUUUUGUUCUAAAAUGGUCUGUGGGUUUAUCAUCCUCUGAGCAGCAGGCUAAUGAGGUGUUGGUAAAAUCAGUGUGAAGACAUUAUUUGAUGGAGAUUUGUUGGAUCAUUAAUGUAUUUUAAAUUUCUCUCACAAUAUUCAUGUUAACUGUGGAUUCCCAUCAGCAACACAAGAAUUACCGUUUUCACUGUAUAUCGUUUCUGACCAGUUUGUAUUUCUUUGGGUUAAUUUCUCAUUUUCAAUUAAUUUUUCAUUCUCAUUUGAUUUUUGCUUUUAAUUUCUCAAUAAAUAUACUACCUGUGUCUUGGUGCAAGAAGGGCCAAUAUUCAAUGUUUUGCAAAACUGUGGCUUUCUCUUUAGGCAGAAUAUUGCAUCUUAAGUUAUAACUUCUAUAUAUAUCAUUAUUUCCAGUAAGAUAAUAGUUUUUAAAAGUUUAUAUAAUUAUUUUUAAUUUGGCCAAUAUAAUUGCAUUAAAUUUGAAGUGUUAAAACCUUUUUUUAUGACAUUGACCCUUUUUGACCGCCAAACAUGUCUUUGGUCUGAUUUGGCUAUGUGAAGGGGUGGACUAGAGUAUUAAAUUCCUCAUAUAUUUAAUGAUUUAUGUAUUAAACCAAAUUAUGUCUAAAGUGUUAUCCAUUCUUUAAUUUCCUCCAAAAAAAUAAACAGUAACAAGCAGUGACAUUGGAAUUGACAGUGGAAUUGAGUUACAUUCCCUUCCUUUAAAAGAAGAAAAAACAACAAAAAGAAUACAGUUAUAUUUUAAUUAGUUCUUUUAAAGACAUUUUCAUUAUAAAUUAUUACAAAAAUGAUACUUCUUCAUUUUGUAACAUUCAAAAUAUAUAACAAUAACAUGUACUCAAAAAUAAUUUGUCGUCAUUAGUCAAAAUGUAUAGGAAAGGAAUAUUACGAAGAUGUUCUUGAACUGACAGGUAGAUGUAGAGAUUUGGAGGGAGACUGCGUAUUCUUUGUGCUCUGCGCUCACCUACCUAAGCGCCCACCGCUCUACCAAGCGCAGAACCCACACCUUCUUUGUUUUUUUAAUUUUUAGUUUUUUAAAAUACUUUUUGUUUGUACAAAGAAAUGCGAUCUGAAGCCACAAUGUAAGCUUUUUGUGCCCCAAAAAUUCAAUGAUGUGCGCAAAUCCAAAUGACAGCUUAUGUCUAGACAAAAAUGGAGAUUCCUUACCAGCCAGGGGUAGAUCCAGAGAUGAUUUUUCAUUGAAAUAUUGUUUUAUAUUUAAUGAAUACUUAAUGCUUUAAAAUUAAACUAUUGUCCAACAGAAUGGCACAGACACUCUUGUACUAACU